AUGCUUGUGCGUGCACAGGACGUGUACGAGUAUUGCCAGAAGCACCGGACGGAGGCGUUUAUCUUUGGCGCAACCAACGUUGGCAAGUCGUCUGUCAUCAACGCAAUCGUUCAGCCAAAGGAGAAGGCGACGGUGUCGCAGCGGCCGGGCACGACGCUGGGGCCAAUCUGCUUUUCGCUGGACAUGCAGGGGCGGCACAUCAUCGGGCACAGCACCACAUACCACACCACACACGAGGCGCCCCUGCCCAUCUUUGGUGUGGAAGAGGAGACUGUCUACGACACACCGGGCGCACCAUACCCUCCGCACCUUCGCCCGCACGUCACACGCAGCGAGCGCGUGCUGGAACUCCUGUCCGUGCAUGCAGGCACACCGCCGUUCCAGCCGCCGCUCACACGCGAAGCAGCAGAGGCGCUCCCUGCACGUGUGCCGCACACCUUUACCUUUCGCGGUGCGGGCUGGAAGCGGGCGUGUGGCGAGGUGACGGUGGCAGGCGUGUGCUCGUUCGUCAUUACAUAUGCAGAUGAGGCUGAGGUGACCAUCACCGUCUGGGCCCCGCAGGGUGUUGGCGUGGUGGAACGGCUACCGCUUGAGCUGGAGAUUGCUGCGCUGCGCGGGAAGCGACUGGGUGCGAAAUCACGCGGGUUUGAGGCGAGAAAGGCAAAAAACAGGCGCAGGUAG